UUUAGCAUAGGCGGCUCGCACACCCACUGUGAUCUCUGCUACAAUUGUUACCUUCUCUCGCUAUGGACUCGACCCCCGCGAUACUUACACCAGUUAAUUAGUGAUUUUCCCUCGAAAAGGACUUAAGACUCGGCCAAUUAAAGUGUAUUCCAUCCUUCGACACGUCUGGCUCAGGGCGCCUCCAGUGUACACAAGAAUCUUUGAGAGCGGCGACGGGCGUCAUCGUGGAGGUGGGCGGCGUCCGCGGCAUGAUCAGCUGGUGACGCCCCACGCCCGCCCGCCUACGCCAUGAUGGACCGCGGCACCGUGCACGUGACGGCGCCUUCGCUGCACGCCCACGCCCACAUGACGGCUCUGACGGCACCAACACUGCCUCAGCGCUCCCCCUUCGCCAUCCAGGAGUUGCUGGGCCUUAGCUCUCAGUCCGAGUCCCCGCCCGCGCCGCCCUCGUCUUCUUCCCUGGGCGCGGGCGGGUCUCUGGGCGCGGCGCCGCACCUCCUCUACUCACGCCACGCCCUUGCUGCCCACCAGCAGCACGCCCUCUUCCAGGACUCCCGCCAUGUCUGGAUGAAUCAUGCCCUUCUACCAGGCAUGGGCAUGGGCGGGCUGGGUGGCCAUGUCACGCCUGUUAGUAUGGGCGGCGGCGGCAUGCCCUCCAUGUUGGGCUUAAGACACGACCCUCACGCCGCCCCACCGCCCGACGCCCACAGUCCAGGUAAGUAA